AUGAGGAAUAGAGAGUGGCUGUGUGAAAGGGCAAUAUUAGCACCGACCAAUGAAAUCGUGGGACAGAUCAAUGAACAAAUGAUGUCACAUGUGCAAGGCGAUGUUGUCGAAUAUUUGUCAGUAGAUAUUGUCAUGUACAGUGAACAGGUGACAUCUUAUCCUACAGAGUUUCUAAACUCUUUAGAGCUCUCAGGAGUGCCGUCACAUAAGCUGAGACUGAAAAUUGGAGUUCCAGUUUUGUUAAUGAGAAAUCUCGAAGCGCCGAGACUAUGCAACGGGACUCGAUUGCAAAUUACGCAGCUAGGACGCAAUAUUAUUAGAGCAAUUAUAAUGACAGGAGUAGCUAAAGAUGAAGAAGUUUUAAUUCCCGGCAUACCCAUGAUCCCUACAGAUUUACCUUUUCAGUUUAAAAGAAUCGAGUUUCCCCUCAAACCAGCCUUCGCAAUGACCAUUAACAAAGCGCAAGGGCAACUUAAAGUAGCAGGUGUCAAUUUAGAGAAAAACUGUUUUUCGCAUGGCCAACUGCAAGAUAAUAGAGGAGCUCGAUGGCGCAAGUGGCUAGCUUGUUCGACUGCGAUCGUUGAAGUUAAGCAACUUUCGCAGGGGUCGGUCAUUGGAUGGGUGAACAAAAAUUUACUAUCACGAACUCCUCCGUGCUUCGGAAGGCACGUUAAGCCGUUGAUCCCGGCUGCAUGUGCAGUCGUUAGCACCCGCCAAUCCGCACUGGGCCCGCGUGGUGGUGGGGUCAACAUUUUUGCUUGGUUGAACAAACCUCAACCAGCAUGGUGGAGUUGGUGUUUGGAGAAUAAGCUGUAUGCGUGCAUGAUGAUGUUCUUUUUAGCUAAUAUGAUUGAAGGCCAACUGGUGUCAUCUGGAGCAUUUGAAAUAUCAUUAAAUAAUAUACCAUUGUGGUCAAAAUUGGAAACAGGAAGAAUCCCACAGCCACCAGAAUUGUUUCAAAUUAUUGAUAAUACUUUGCAAUUUUCAAAAAUAGAUAUGCCUAAUAAUUUUGUACAAUAA